AUGCUUCAUCAGAGAUCCUUGAUCAUUCCUAUUGUUACUAUUAUCAAGAUGAACUUACGAAGUUGGCUUGCAGCUACCGUAUGGUUCACCACCGUUAUCAGUUUGACUAUCACUGAAGAUACAGUUGUUGUAUCUCCUGUGAGCUUAUCCAUCGGGGACCUUACGAUAAAUCCAGAUGUUUACUACUCUAUUGUUAACAAUUUACUUACAACUCUCGGGGGUAAUUUGGACAACCAGGGUGGCUUCUAUGUCACGUCAUCCAAUGGCUUAGCCGCUUCGGUAACAAUUGUUUCAGGAACGAUCAAAAACUCCGGUGAUCUUGCUUUCAACUCAUUGCGUGCAAAUGUUGCCAGUAUCUAUAACCUCAAUUCAAUUGGCUCUUUCGAAAAUACUGGUAACAUGUGGAUAGGAAUUAGUUCAUUCUCAGUGACGCCCCCAAUCAUACUUGGGUCGGCCCUCGACUGGGAUAAUUCGGGAAAGAUUUACCUUAGCCAGGCUGCGGGGACACCAUCUACAAUCACAAUCUCACAAGCACUUGGUUCUGUUAACAAUGAUGGCACAAUUUGUAUCGAACGUUUGCUUUGGUUGCAGACAACCUCUAUCACAGGUUCAGGGUGUAUCAACGUUAUGGAUGAUGCUACACUUCAACUUCAGCUCAGUCCAUGGAAUGUGGCGGACACAGAGACAGUUUAUCUUUCUUCGGAAUCAUCGUUGUUAUCUGUUCUUGGAUUAGCAGAAGGACUUACAGGUACCAAGACCUACACGGUCGUCGGUUUUGGAAAUGGCAAUGAAAUCAGAGUGAAUACCGGCUUUACAUCUUGGAGUUAUUCAAAUGGAAUUUUGACACUCUCUUUCUUCUUGGGAGUGUUCAGGUUAGCUUUUGACAUAGGUCCAGGGUAUUCAAACUCAGGGUUCUCAACUAAUGGCGUUUUGGGAGCAGGAACCAGGAUUUCAUAUAGCGACGCAUACCCUGGGGCUGUCCCAGAUAUAUGUUUGUGCGCUGAUUUCCCAGAGCCAACCACUACCCCGUUAGCUUCUUCUACAAUUGAAAGCUCGAGCUCUGUACAGCCUUCUAGUGAGACAACUGACGAGAGUUCAACAGACGAAAGCUCAACUGAGCCGGCAUCAAGCAGUGAGCCGGAAUCAAGCAGUGAGCCGGCAUCAAGCAGUGAGACGGCAUCAAGUAGUGAGCCGGAAUCAAGCAGUGAACCCGCAUCGAGCAGUGAACCCGCAUCGAGCAGUGAACCCGUAACGAGUGAAGAGACAGAUGAGAGCACCACUGAAGAAUCCCCAAGCUCACAGCAGCCUUCCAGCGAGGAGGAAUCAUCACUGACGGUAGAUCUGUCCGAGCAGUCUUCCCUGACUGAAGAUACCACCGAAGACACCGAAUCAUCUGGACCUCCAUUCACGACGUACACCACUACCUGGACUACUGACGAUGGUGAGGGUAAUCCUGUCACCGACUCUGGUAUCGUGAUCGUGACUACUGAUUCGGAUGGAUCGUUGACGACUACUACUUCUGUGUUCCCACAGGACACCGAAUCAUCUGGACCUCCAUUGACGACGUACACCACUACCUGGACUACUGACGAUGGUGAGGGUAAUCCUGUCACCGACUCUGGUGUCGUGAUCGUGACUACUGAUUCGGAUGGAUCGUUGACGACUACUACUUCUGUGUUCCCACAGGACACCGAAUCAUCUGGACCUCCAUUGACGACGUACACCACUACCUGGACUACUGACGAUGGUGAGGGUAAUCCUGUCACCGACUCUGGUGUCGUGAUCGUGACUACUGAUUCGGAUGGAUCGUUGACGACUACUACUUCUGUGUUCCCACAGGACACCGAAUCAUCUGGACCUCCAUUCACGACGUACACCACUACCUGGACUACUGACGAUGGUGAGGGUAAUCCUGUCACCGACUCUGGUGUCGUGAUCGUGACUACUGAUUCGGAUGGAUCGUUGACGACUACUACUUCUGUGUUCCCACAGGACACCGAAUCAUCUGGACCUCCAUUCACGACGUACACCACUACCUGGACUACUGACGAUGGUGAGGGUAAUCCUGUCACCGACUCUGGCGUCGUGAUCGUGACUACUGAUUCGGAUGGAUCGUUGACGACUACUACUUCUGUGUUCCCUGGUGGUCCAACUGACCAUCCAUUCACGACGUAUACCACUACCUGGACUACUGACGAUGGGAAUGGACCAACUACCAAAUCUGGUGUCGUGAUCGUGACUACUGACGCUGAUGGCGCCCUUUCAACUACGACAUCCGAGUUCCCUGGUGGUCCAACUGACCCUCCAUUCACGACGUAUACCACUACCUGGACUACUGACGAUGGGAAUGGACCAACUACCAAAUCUGGUGUCGUGAUCGUGACUACUGACGCUGAUGGCGCCCUUUCAACUACGACAUCCGAGUUCCCUGGUGGUCCAACUGACCCUCCAUUCACGACGUAUACCACUACCUGGACUACUGACGAUGGGAAUGGACCAACUACCAAAUCUGGUGUCGUGAUCGUGACUACUGACGCUGAUGGCGCCCUUUCAACUACGACAUCCGAGUUCCCUGGUGGUCCAACUGACCCUCCAUUCACGACGUAUACCACUACCUGGACUACUGACGAUGGGAAUGGACCAACUACCAAAUCUGGUGUCGUGAUCGUGACUACUGACUCUGAUGGCGCCCUUUCAACUACGACAUCCGAGUUCCCUGGUGGUCCAACUGACCCUCCAUUCACGACGUAUACCACUACCUGGACUACUGACGAUGGGAAUGGACCAACUACCAAAUCUGGUGUCGUGAUCGUGACUACUGACUCUGAUGGCGCCCUUUCAACUACGACAUCCGAGUUCCCUGGUGGUCCAACUGAUCCUCCAUUCACUACUUAUACCACUACCUGGACUACUGACGAUGGGAAUGGACCAACUACCAAAUCUGGUGUCGUGAUCGUGACUACUGACUCUGAUGGCGCCCUUUCAACUACGACAUCCGAGUUCCCUGGUGGUCCAACUGAUCCUCCAUUCACGACGUAUACCACUACCUGGACUACUGACGAUGGGAAUGGACCAACUACCAAAUCUGGUGUCGUGAUCGUGACUACUGACUCUGAUGGCGCCCUUUCAACUACGACAUCCGAGUUCCCUGGUGGUCCAACUGAUCCUCCAUUCACUACUUAUACCACUACCUGGACUACUGACGAUGGGAAUGGACCAACUACCAAAUCUGGUGUCGUGAUCGUGACUACUGACUCUGAUGGCGCCCUUUCAACUACGACAUCCGAGUUCCCUGGUGGUCCAACUGAUCCUCCAUUCACUACUUAUACCACUACCUGGACUACUGACGAUGGGAAUGGACCAACUACCAAAUCUGGUGUCGUGAUCGUGACUACUGAUUCGGAUGGUGCCCUUUCUACAACAACAUCUUGGUUCAAGAAUGAGCAAACUACAACUCUUCAUACCACAGAUCACGAAGGAAAUCGUAUAACGAAGACUGUCAUCGUGUGCGAGAGCACGUCACCAGGUGGAGUCGUGGCGACCUUGACUUUCCCAAUUCCCCUGACUACAAGUUUUGUGGAGACUAGACAUGAUGGAGCUCAAAUCACAUACACUGGCGCAAUUAUUGAGACAAUAAAGGAGGGCAAGUUGACUUUUUACACAUCGAUUUGCCAUCCAGUCCAAGAUAUCACUUAUGGAACGACUUAUGUUAUUAGUCACGAUGGGAAGCUUGAAACUACCUCCGAAUUGGUCAUUAUAGGCACAGAUGCGGACGGAAAGCUUCAUACUUCAACAGUUGCAGGUAUUGCUGUCGGCGAUAAACCAGCGCAAAGUACCCUUGAAUCAGUAUACACUGGAGCCACUCUGUACCCCAUUGGAGAAAUCUCGACGUACGAGGCUUCAGGCUCACUCAAAACCCUUUCGCUUCUUUCAUUCGUCUUUGGCAUUAUUGCCUUUAUUUAA